AUGCCAGAGAACGCAGAAGCAGAAAGCGCUGAGGCAAACGACUCCAAAGAGGACCAGACUCCCCAUGAGUCAGUGCCAAUAAUACUCCCUGAGCGACCGUUGAGAUCUGCUCGUGUUGACGGCGAUGGGGAUGACAACACUGAAUCGGAUGAAGAGGAAGUUGAGGGGCCCUCUGAGCCGAAGGAUGCUGUUCAGCGACGAAGACAGCAGAAUGCCAAGUUCCAAGAAUUGCUCUGCCGACUAGCUACUACCGAGAACGUCACGAAUAUUAGAUCGAGUUCUACAGAUUUCCCUCGGACUUCCAUCUCUACUACGGAUUUGACUGCAAGCAAAGAAGCCAACAAUGGGGCUCUUGAUCCGAGAGAGUACCAGAUAGAACUUUUUGAAAAAGCCAAAGCACAAAAUACCAUCGCCGUGCUCGAUACAGGUUCGGGAAAAACGCUGAUCGCAGUCUUGUUGAUCAAACAUAUCAUGCAUAACGAACUAAUUGAUCGGGCUGAUGGAAAACCUCACCGCAUCUCCUUCUUUCUGGUUAAUAGUGUCACACUUGCGUUCCAGCAAGCCACAGUGUUGCGCAAUAAUCUAGAUCAACAGGUUGCCCAUUUAUAUGGGGCCAUGGGCACUGACCAUUGGAAUGAACAAACCUGGCGCGAGCAUUUCAAGAACAAUAUGGUGAUAGUCUGUACCGCGGAGAUAUUGAACCAGUGUCUACUGAAUGCAUUUUUCAAAAUUGAGCAGAUCAAUCUGCUUGUUUUUGAUGAAGCACAUCAUACGAAAAAGGAACAUGCGUACGCGCGCAUUAUCAGAGAUUCAUACCUCAAAACCCCCAUCGCCAAUCGCCCAAGAAUCUUCGGAAUGACUGCAUCGCCGAUCGACACUAAAGGUGACAUCAUAGCGGAAGCGAUGAGGCUUGAAACGCUACUGGACAGCAAGAUCGCUACAACUUCGAAGCUCACUCUGAUGCGACAGGUUGUGAGCCGCCCCAUUGAGAUAACAUGGGAGUAUGACCGCCUUGGGUUGCCGUUUCAGACCGAUCUACAUAAGCUCGUUGAAAGUCGUUUUGGCGACGUUGCUUCUCUCGAGCCUAUUUUGAGAUUUUCUUUACAGGCAAGUUCCGAGUUAGGCAUCUGGUGCGCUGACCGGGUUUGGCAACACGCUCUCUCGGAUGAAACCCUGCCCAGGCUCGAGGGCAAGAUAAAAGUAGCCCAAGGCGAUGCAUUUUCUGAAAAGCUGGAGAGAGAGAUAUCCCGAGUUAGAGAAGCCCAAGAUCUUAUCAAAAAGCAUGGAUCCAGUGAUCUUCGAAGCGUCAGUGAUUUAAGUCCCAAGGUACAGGUCCUUCAGAAUCAACUUGGACAUCAUUUCAGUCAAAAGAGAGAAACCAAGUGCAUAAUUUUUACACAAAGGCGCUACACGGCCAGGAUCCUUUUCGAGCUAUUUUCGGUCCUGGAUAUGCCCCAUCUUCGGCCUGGACUGCUCAUCGGCAUUCGAGCCAGUGACAUUGGUGGGAUGAACAUAACCUUCCGUCAACAGUUCCUUGCUUUGAUGAAAUUCAGAGACGGAGAUAUCAAUUGCCUGUUUGCUACUUCAGUAGCCGAGGAGGGAUUGGAUAUUCCAGACUGUAAUCUAGUCGUAAGAUUCGAUCUAUAUGAUACGUUGAUACAAUAUGUGCAAAGUCGAGGCCGUGCCAGACGUUCAGAUUCCACGUAUGUGAACAUGGUGGAAAAGAACAAUACAGAUCAUGAGAGACGACUAGCUGAAGCUCGGGACUCCGAAAAAGCAAUGCGGAGAUUUUGCGAGACACUCCCAGAAGACCGUAUUCUCCUCGGAAAUGACGACCUGCACUCAGUUCUUCAAAAACACGAAGGACAGAGGAUUUUCACCGUCAAGACAACAGGCGCAAAGCUGACAUACUAUUCAGCUAUAACAGUGCUUUCACGCUACGCCAGCUCUCUACAAUAUGAAAACGAUUUGACGGCCCAAGUCAUGUACGUGGUGCUUCCCGCUUGUAACGCAUAUACUUGCGAGGUUAUCCUACCAGAGAAAUCUCCUGUUAGAGGACUCACUGGCUCCCCGGCCUUGAAGAGGUGCACUGCAAAACAAGCAGCCGCAUUUGACACCUGCCUUCUACUCCGAAAACACCAGUUGCUUGAUGAUAAUUUCAAUUCAAUUUAUCGCAAGCGUUUACCUCUGAUGAGAAACGCAAAGCUGGCUAUUACUUCCAAGCGGGCAAACAUGUAUGAUAUGUUGCCGAAGUCAUCGUUUUGGAACAACAAACAAGACGUGCUUCCGGAUGUGCUUUUUGGAACAGUUAUCACGCUCAAUCCUUCCAAGAGACUUAGUCGAAACCACCGAUCCAUCAUCUUGUUGACUCGGGAGAGGCUGCCAGAGUUCCCGCCUUUCCCAAUUUUCCUUGAUGCUGAUGUAGAGACUAUAGUUGUCUCAUUUCCUCUUGGAAAAUCUCUACUAUUUUCCGCGGAGGAUCUGAACCAUCUUACAGAGUUUACCUUUCGCGUGUUCCAUGAUGUGUUUCACAAAGUUUAUGAUCAAGAACCCGAGAAACUGCCUUACUGGCUUGCGCCGGCAAAUUCGCAAGCCACAUUCCAAAAGGACGAGCAUCCGAGAAAUCUAGUUGAUUGGGAAAUAUUAUCUUUUGUGCAAAGCUUUGACAAAAACUAUGUCCUCCAAAGCAAUGACUCGUCUAUGUUAGAUCGAUUCGUCUUUGACCCGUGGGACGGCAGAUACCGCUAUUUUACCACAGCGGUUGAACGUGGGUUGAAACCUUCCAGUGCGCCACCGCCAUACAUACCACGCCGCAGACACAUGGAGAAUAUCAUGGGAUACUGCUUGAGUCUUUCCAAGAACGGGAGAGCUAGGUUCUUCUCGAAAUGUGAUUGGAACCAACCUGUCUAUCAAGCAGAGCUUGUGCGUCUUCGGAGAAACCUCCUGGACAAAAUGACGGACAAAGAGAAAAUGACAGAAACACGCUGUGCCAUUUGCAUAGAGCCUUUGAAAGUCUCUGCGAUUCCAGCGGCGUUGGCUUCGACAUUUCUUGCAUUCCCCGCGAUAAUAAGCAGGUUUGAUUCCUACCUGGUUGCUCUUCAGGGUUGUGACAUGCUUGAACUGGUUGUGAAGCCAGAAUAUGCCCUGGAAGCCUUCACGAAAGACUCCGAUAAUACAGACGAACACAGGGCGCAGCAGAUUCACGCCCAAAGAGGAAUGGGAAAAAAUUAUGAGCGUCUAGAGUUCCUAGGCGACUGUUUCCUCAAAAUGGCCACUUCCAUAUCACUCUACGCCCAGAAUCCUGACGAUGACGAAUAUGAUUAUCAUGUGAGCCGGAUGUGUUUGAUUUGUAAUAAGAAUCUCUUCAACUCAGCAUUGAAAAACGAGCUGUACAAAUACAUUCGCAGUCGAGGCUUCUCAAGACAUGCAUGGUACCCCGACGGCCUAACCCUCUUGCGAGGCAAAGACCAUAGCAAAAAAGCGCUGAGCGAACAGAAGCAUGCCCUGGGAGAGAAGACAAUUGCGGACGUUUGUGAAGCGGUGAUAGGGGCAUCAUUGCUCUGUGGGGGCCCCGACCAUCGGUUCGACAUGGCCGUUAAAGCCGUCAGUGCACUUGUCAACAGUCCAGACCACAAUGCUUCGUGCUGGGAGGACUACCUUUCCCGUUACAACAUACCCCCAUAUCAGACUCAGGAGCCCGAUGGUUUUGAGAUAGACCUCUGCCAGAAGAUUGAGAAGAAACUGGGAUAUCGGUUUAAAUAUCCUCGGUUAUUGCAUUCAGCGUUCACACAUGCCUCCUGGCCACGGGCUUGGAGUAGAGUCCCAUCCUACCAGCGACUUGAGUUCCUCGGUGAUUCGCUCCUCGACAUGGUUUGUGUAGAGGAUCUAUUCCACAGGUUUCCGGACAGAGAUCCCCAAUGGCUCACAGAGCACAAGAUGGCCAUGGUCUCAAACAAGUUCCUUGGAGCUCUAGCAGUGAAGCUAGAGCUGCACAAACACUUGAAAUACUUCAGUAACCCGCUGCAAAACCAGAUAAUGCAUUAUGUCGAACAAGUUCAAGCCGCGGAAGCAGAGAGUGAAGGCGUUGUUGAUUAUUGGGCUACCACCAAAGACCCGCCCAAGUGCCUGUCAGAUAUGGUGGAGUCUUAUCUAGGGUCGAUAUUUGUUGACUCCAACUUCCACUUCGAAGUCGUAGAAGCAUUCUUCCACCGUCACGUAAAGCCGUAUUUCCUUGACAUGGCAAUAUAUGACACCUUUGCCAACAAACACCCGACGACAUUCCUGCAAAAGAAGCUAGACAACGAAUACGGCUGCACCAGUUAUUGUUUCAAAUCAGGGGAGAUCCCAGUCGGGGAUGGCGGCCCAGCCUGUAUCUUAACUGCGAUCAUUGUGCAUGACUUUAUCCUAUCCGAGGCUACAGCAACUUCGACUCGCCAUGCAAAAGUCAAAGCGAGUGAGAAAGCGUUGGCUCAGCUGGAGGGUAUUUCCUCGUCAGAGUUUCGCACCAACUACCAUUGUGAUUGUCGAGAGACAGGUACCUGCGACACUAAUGACAUUGGGACUGCGAUCUAA